AUGGGCAUAGUAGCAGACCGUGAUAUCAGUGCACAAGAAACUUGCCAUAUGUUACAGAAAUUGCCUCUUGUAAGUUGUAGCCGACAGUUUGUCUCUCUAAAUGUUGGCAGAAAAAUACUGCACCAUGUUAUAAAAUCGAAUAAUGGAACUGACCUUUCCACAACUUAUAUCCAUGCUUAUAUGCAGCGCCCUUUUGAAUUAAGUGCAACAAGUAUGUUACAAUCAGCACAAGGGUUCUCAUAUAAUUCUCAAUGCAAAAAAACAAAAUGGCAAAUCAGGGAUAAAAAAGCAAUUGUGAUUGUAUAUCCUCAGUUUAGAGAACCUCCAGAUGAAGAUACCGAUGAGUUUGAGGUUUUCUGUUGGUCUGAAUUGCUACUGUACAAACCAUUUCGUGACAUCCCAACUGAGAUAGGAACUUCAAAAGAACAAAUUAUAACAAAUUGGAAAAACUUUAAAAAGACUAAUUACAACCGUCUUCACAACCAACAAAUUAUAGAUGAUUGCAGCCCUCCAAAUGAAGAUGUCAGUGACAAUAAUGGUUCUCAAAAUGAAGAUGAUACAAAUCUAUACGAGUGGGAAUUACUAUCACGAAUGGGAGCUACAAAUAACUUUGCCCAGAAUGAUCUACAAAUGCUAGGCCGUCGUGAUUACGAUAUUAACUACUUGUGGGGUGCAACUAUUAUGGAGGAUCAAUUAGAUUGUACUACUCUUCAAUUCAUAGCUGCAACCAAGCUACAAUUCCAACACGCUAGCAUGCAAAUCUCAACUCAGGACACACAAAAAAUUCAGCUAUCGCCUAAACAAAAAGUUGCACUUGACAUUGUUCUACAACAUCAUAAUAAACAAUUUGCAACAACACCUCUACGAAUGAUUGUUCAAGGCACUGCAGGCACUGGUAAAUCAUUUUUAAUAGACUGCAUUAGGAAACAAUUGAACAUAUCUACAACUGUGAAGCAAAACCCAUUGCUUGUUUUGGCACCAACAGGUGUUGCUGCUUUUAAUAUACAAGCGACAACAAUCCAUGCAGGGUUACGCAUACCUAUAAGAGAAAUGCAUCCUUUGACAGGGUAG